AUGUUUAUUACUCUUUCAUGCUAUCAAAUAAAAGCAGACGUAGAAAGAAAAGAGAAAUACAACGAAAAAAAAAGCAAAGAAAGAAAAAGAAAAUUAAAGAAAGUUUGUCUGUACAUUGUCUUCUUUCCGCUUUUGUUUCUUUCUUUCUUUCUUUCUUUCUUUCUCUUCUUUUCUCUGCUUUUUUCUUUUUCUCUAUUUUUCUUUCUUUCUCUCCUUUUGCUUUCUUUUUUUAAUUUUUUCGUUCUUUUCUCUUUUUCUUCCUUUCUCUCCUUUUUCCUUUCUCUCUUUUCUUUCUUUCUCUUCUUUUUCCUUUCUGUUUUUUCUUCCCUUCUCUCCUUUCUUCUUUCUUUUUGUCUUUUUCUUCCUUUCUUUUCUUUAUCUCCAUAUCUCUUUCUCUCCUUCUUAAUUCCUUCUGUCUUUUUCUUUCCAUCUGUCUUUUUUCUUUCCUUCUUUCUUUCGUCUUUCUUUUUCCUUUCCUUUCUUUAUCUUUCUUUCAAUCUCUUUCUUUCCCUUUCUUUCUUUCUUUCUUUCUUUCUUUCUUUCUUUCUUUCUUUCUUUCUUCUUUCUUUCUUUCUUUCUUUCUUUCUUUCUUUCCCUUUCUUUCUUUCUUUCUUUCUUUCUGUUUCUUUAGUCUUUCUUUCUGCUUCUUUAGUCUUUCUUUUCCUUUCUUUCUAUCCUUCUCACUUUAUCUUUUGA